AUGUUCGCUUCGUUAUUCUCGAGCCUCGAUGUGCACAUCGACGUCACAGGCGAAGUUGACGACCUAAAGCGUGGCGACCUGUCCGCAGUCAAGCGCAUUCAAAACCUUGUGCAGGCCGACGGCGGAAAUCGCAGACUGGUUGCCGAUGCAGCCUUGUUGCCCGUGUUGAAGGCUUUCCGGCGAGUGGCGACUGUGGAUGAUCGAGAUGGAACUGGGAGUGGAGGUGCGAACAGAGCCUCAACGUCUGAGAGAGCUUCAACGUCUGAGAAGAACAAGAAGCAGUUCCGCGUCCGACCUAUCGCUGAUCUAGAUCUAGAAGCACUAGUGGAUUUGGUCGAGUUGCUGAAAAAAUUCGCUGAAGAGCCUCAAAGUAUAGCGACAAGUGGUGGCUCUGGAACAACUGGGUCUGCGGGAGCGUCAGGGGCCAAUGGACCAGGGCACCAAGGUGGGCAAGGACAAGGGGCAUCAUCA